UGGCGGCGGCAAGAACUCACGCCUGCAUGAAAAAACUCGCACUGCUAUCCAAUUCGGUCAACAAGAGACCAGGAUCAGCAUUCGGGUCGGGUUUUAGAAGGUGGGUUUCCGUUGAAAGCGGCGGAGUACAAUACUUUGAUGAAGAAUUGAGUAAAGGGGGGAACAAGGGUUUUGCCGCUGUGUGGGGGAACGGCGAUUUCGGGAGGCUGGGUUUGGGCAAUUUGGAGUCCCGGUGGAGGCCUCACCCUAUUCCGCCGUCGGCUUUUGCUGAUCGGAGUUUGAAGGAGUUAGCUUGUGGCGGCGCUCAUACCCUUUUUCUCACCGAUAGUGGUGAUGUGUAUGCUACCGGACUCAACGACUGUGGACAGCUCGGAAUAUCGGACUCUCGAGAUUAUACAACUGAACCUGUCAGGGUUUCUAUUCCUAAACGGAUUAUUAAAAUUUAUGCCGGUUAUCAUCAUUCAGCUGCUAUUACAGUAGAUGGAGAACUCUACGUAUGGGGAAAGAAUGCAAAUGGACAGCUUGGCCUUGGAAAAAAGGCGGAAAAGAUUGUUCCUCGUCCUCGUAAAGUUGAAUGCUUGGACGGAGUCGUCAUUAGAACGGCAUCUUUAGCAUCUGAACAUUCGAUUGCUGUUACAGAUAAAGGCGAAGCUUUGAGUUGGGGAGGAGGAGAAUCUGGAAGACUCGGUCACGGACACGGAUCGAGCAUUUUGGGUUUUCAAAAAAGUAGUAGCGAGUAUACACCACGACUAAUUAAGGAACUCGAAGGAAUCAAGGUCCAAAGUGUUUCCGCGGGAAUGCUGCACUCCGUCUGCAUUUGUGAAGAUGGGUCUGUGUAUUUCUUCGGUGAAAAAGAAUUCGGAAAAUGGGGUUUUGGCAAAGCAAAGAGUGCGACAACACCAUCCACCGUUAGCUCACUGCCGUUUUCCGAAGAAGUUGCAUGCGGUGGUUACCACACCUGCGUUAUUACAAAUGGUGGAGAACUGUACACAUGGGGGUCGAACGAGAACGGCUGUCUUGGCAUCGGCUGCACAGAUAUCGUUUAUUCACCCGAACGAGUCCAAGGUCCGUUUUUGAGGCAACCUGUUAGCAAGGUUUGUAACGAUGUCUAUCUAUAAACGGUUGAUUCGUAGUUUAUUGUCACAUGUUCUGCUAAGAAACGAUAUAUUUAUCUAAUCUAAUAGUCGGAAUUUAUUUGCUCUCUUUUUUUUACGUUUUACGUUUUCACGUACACAGGUAUCCUGCGGUUGGAGACACACAGCAGCAAUUUCUGGUAAAGAUUUCUGAC